AUGGUGAAUAAAAUGUAUAAAGCUACGCCUGAAAAAACCGAAAGAAAGGGAAGCAAACAUAAUCAGGUUAUAAUGUCUAUAAUUGUAUGCUUGCCCGUUCUAGCCUAUGGUACGGCAACGGGUUGGAUUUCCCCCCACAAGGAUCUCUUGAUGGGAGACUCAUCACCGUCAGUAGAACCCCUCACCGAAGAGGACAUAUCCUGGAUGGCCUCCGUCAUAUAUAUAUUCGCACCCAUCGCGGUGUUCACUUUUGGUGCAGCGGCUGAUAAAUUUGGAAGAAAGAAGGCGUUACUCUGGGCUUCUGUACCUAUAUCGAUCGGUUGGGGGGUGAAGCUCAUAAGUUCUCAUCCCACCGCCCUGAUCGGAGCUCGGGCUCUGAUCGGCUUCGGAUGUGGAGGCGGUUACGUAUUAUGUCCACUGUAUGUCAAAGAGAUCAGUGAAGACAGCAUACGAGGCAUGACUGGAACUUUUGUUAUAUUCUCACAGACCGUCGGCAACCUACUGGUUUUUGUGCUGGGUGAUCUAUUGCCGUAUCACACUGUACUGUGGAUUCUACUGGCAAUCCCACUGAUACAUUUCUGUAUCCAACUCAAGCUGCCUGAAACACCCUCCUAUCUUAUAAAAUGUGGCAAAAAUGAGGAAACAGCGAAGGUCUUGGGUUGGUUGCGGUCUCUUCCACACACCGACAGUUCCAUCAAUGAGGAGGUAGACAGGCUAAUCAUCGAACAGACGGUUGAACCGAAAUUCUCACCCAAGUUACUCCUUGCUGACAAAACCGCUUUUAAAGCAUUCUGGGUGGCUCUGCUAGUGAAUCUUAUGAGAGAGUUCUGCGGCUGCAUCGUAAUACUCGUGUACGCCAGCCAAAUCUUCGCAGAAACUGUAAAAGAACCUGGAUCAGGCAUCAACUUGUCUCCCAACAAACAAUCAAUCUUAUUAGCUGCUGUCCAGAUCGUUGGAUCGUUUUUAGCUUGUCAACUUGUUGACAGAGCUGGUAGAAAGCCGCUGUUAACAGUGACGAGCUCAGUAGCAGCAAUCAGUAUGUGCCUAUUGGGCGUAUGGUUCUACCUGCAAAGCGUUGGUACGUUGCUACCAGGUUGGGUGCCUAUCGUCGCACUGUGUACAUGUAUCUUCGCUGACGCCUCCGGCUUGCAGCCUUUACCAAACGUUAUUAUGACAGAGCUGUUUAGUUUUCAGCUCCGAGGUACGGUAGCCACGUUAAUUACGGCGAUUUCAUUGGCCACCGAUUUUGCUCUCUUGAAACUGUUUGCACCAUUAAACAAUUUGAUAGGAUACCACUUCACUUUCUGGGCGUUCAGCUUCGUCUGCUUAGCAAACGUCUUCUACUUAAUCUUCUUCGUACCAGAAACGAAAAUGAGAAAUCUAGAAGACAUCUACGCGGAUCUAGAAGGCAAGAGGCGGAAAAAGAAAGAAAACGCCAUUGAGACAAAUCAUGUUUAAGUUCCUAAUUUAAAUUAGUUUAAGUUUAAUUUAUGUUAAAUUAUAUUUUGAGAAAUAAGA